AUGAGCGACAAACCAACCCCAGGCAUUCGAUUCCAGCGCCCUCGGUCUUUGCAUUGCAGGCUUCGGUCGCGUCACGUCCUCCUUGCUAUCGUCAUUCUCUGCCUAUAUUUCUAUUUCUCCACGCAUACGGACCGGAUUCCGUUCCGUAAAAGCCAGACCCCAUACAAGAUCCAGGCCAAGUUUCCGAGGGAGUCUGCAGCUGCGAAAAAGCUACGAUUACAACGGCGGGGUCAAGUCGAGGAUGCGUUCAAACAUGCUUGGAAGGGGUACAAAGACCACGCCUGGUUGCACGACGAGGUGAUGCCGGUGUCUGGGGGGCAGAAAGAUCCUUUCGUUGGCUGGGCGGCGACAUUGGUGGACUCGUUGGACAGUUUAUACAUAAUGGGAAUGAAGGAGGAAUUCGCGGAGGCUGUCGCGGCGCUGGCACUGAUCGAUUUCUCCAAACCGAAUGCCGACAAAGUUCCCGUCUUCGAAGUCACCAUUCGAUAUUUGGGUGGACUGCUGGGUGCAUGGGAUAUCAGCGAGCAUAAACACCCCAUUCUUCUACAAAAGGCCACACAGCUGGGAGAGUUUCUAUACAAGGCAUUCGACACCCAGAGCGGCCUUCCGGUUCCAUACUACUUUUGGAAAGAAAAUACGUCUGGGAAGUUGCAUGGGGAAGAUAAGGUUAUAAUUGCACAGAUUGCAAGCUUGAGUCUGGAGUUCAUUCGACUGAGCCAAGUCACAGGGGACUUGAAGUACGCUGCCCAAAUUCAGAUCGUUACUGAUCAACUGGCGCUCACGCAGAACCUCACUGCGUUACCUGGAAUGUGGCCAAUUACAGCAAACUGCAGCGUGGAACAUCUGUCAUUCCAAGAUAAAACAUUCUCCCUGGGAGUUUUGUCAGACUCCGCGUUCGAGUACCUACCAAAAACACAUCUACUCAAUCACCGCACCUCCGAUCAGUAUAUCUAUAUGUAUCGCUUAGCCUUCGCUGCGUUCAGUAAACAUCUCUUCUUCCGGCCCUCUCUCCCUGGAAAUCCUGAUAUUCUUAUGAGUGGCAAUAUGAAUAUGUUCGCGAAUCCGCCCCAACUUGAUGGCCAGUUUCAACACUUAGCCUGCUUCGUCGGUGGCAUGGUAGCUCUGGGGUCUAGAAUAAGCAACUCCUUGGAAGAACUAGAGACCGCCAGGAAACUUACAGACGGUUGUGUUUGGGGAUACAACAAUACGCCCUCGGGAGUUAUGCCCGAUUUCGCUCACGUCGAACCUUGUCAAGAUGCCGCCACAUGUACCUGGAGUGGCGAAGGCAACGGUUUCAAGAGUGUCGAUGACCCAUCCUACCGACUGCGCCCGGAGGCUAUCGAAUCCGUGUUCAUUAUGUACCGCCUUACAGCUGACCCAUUGUGGUUGGAAAAGGGGUGGAAGAUGUUCGAGGCGAUUGUGAAGCAUACAAAGACAGACAUUGCGCAUGCGCGUCUGGUCAACGUCAUGGAUGAAAACCCGACCCAUGAAGAUUCUAUGGAGAGUUAUUGGCUUGCGGAAACCUUGAAGUACUUCUAUCUACUCUACAGCGAACCGGGUCUGGUUAGCCUGGAUGACUUUGUUUUGAAUACCGAGGCGCAUCCUUUUAGAUGGCGCUAA